AGCCUGCUGUCAAUUAGGUUUUUCAUUGUUUAAAAUCAAGUCAACUUGGACGUUAACAGCUUUAACAAGAUUACCGCCCCAUAGGCCCUAAGGUGAUACCAGAACCCAACUAUGAACUGCGACAAGUCUGCAAAAGAGCACCAAAAGAUGGAGCUGGAGGUGAUGCCGAAACCAGACAGAAUGGGGCGCCACACCAAUAAACUUCAUUGGUUUAAGAAUUUUGUGAUUGCGAAAAUUGUGGACAAAACGUACGCAUCGGUCUUUUUGCAGCCCAUCCAGAAUCCGAAAUACUAUGAGAUGAUCAAGAAUCCGAUGGAUAUUGGCAGUAUUAUAAAGAGAAUCGAAAAUCGGUACUACCGGAGUUAUGCAGAGGCUGUCAAAGACUUUCGAAUUAUGUUGGAAAAUUGUUUCCAAUUCUUCGGACCCGAUGACCCGGUGUACCUAAACGGCAUGCAAACGGCUAAUCAUUUCUUGGAGAUCAUGGAAAAUCGGCCCAAGGGACCGGAGAUUCGAUCCACCACGAAUCCCCGUAGCGCCACUCUGGAAAUGGAGUGCCGCAAGGUCGCCAAGAAGAGGGCCGCGGAACCGGAAGUAUGGCAGAGCCAGUGCUGGGCGCGGUUGAGCAAGCUUCGCGACCUCACCAAGAAACUGGACAUGCCAUUUGCUUUCUUUUUGGUCCUCAAGAAGUGUGACGUUCUGGAAACGGAACUGUCUCAGGGUCACUUUGCGAACCAAAAGCAGUUCACCGAAGAAUUACAGCGCAGCUUCAACGGUUUCUGCAACUCAGCCAUUCAACACAUACUGACCCAGGGGUUAGCGUGCAUGGACUCUCCCGAGACGCCACGCUCUGAAGAUCCAGAGGACAAUUACGUCAAUUCUUCGGUUGGCAGCUGCAGCCCAGACUCUAGCUCCAGCUGGGACUCUUACAAAGGAUCGCCAGCCAAGAGUGCUAAAUCCAAUAUCUCAAGCUCUAGCUUCAUCUACGGCAGCUCCAGCUCAUACUCUGACUCUAGCGACUUCUCUUUCUGUUCCUCUAGCAAUGAGCUCUCAGGCGACUCCUCGGAUUAGCAAUAAUACCAGAAAGGAGUACAAAUAUUUUCUAUAUAAACAAAUAAAAUGUUCCACAAAGAGA